AUGCCUGUCGUGCGCAAAAGACUGGUCAUACCCGCCUUUAUCUUGACAGUCUUCAUAUACCUGUUCUUCGACAGCAUCGAAUACGAAGACUAUCCAUCACCACCUUCACCUCCACCUGAUUUGCGCACAGAUGCACCUACCGAAGAACCGGUGCAUUGGCACAAAAUACCCGAGCAUUACCCUGUGAAAGAGUUCAUCGAAUUACCGGGCAGCGACACAUCACACAAACCAAUUCCUAAAAUACAAUAUGACUUCCCCAAGGAGAAAUCGUCAGACCGCCGGAAACGACUGGAAAGACAAGCCAGCGUCAAAGAAGCGUUUCUACAUGCUUGGACAGGAUACAAAACCCAUGCCUGGUUGAAAGAUGAAGUAUCACCUAUAACUGGUGGAUACGUGAAUAGUUUUUCGGGGUGGGCAGCGACCCUCGUGGAUACACUCGAUACUUUGUUGAUUAUGGGACUGGAUCAUGAGUUCAAACUUGCGCUGGAAGCGAUUGAGCAGAUUGAUUUCAGUACAACUACGGAUAAGAGUAUUAAUGUUUUCGAGACCACCAUUCGUUAUAUGGGUGGAUUUUUGGCCGCUUAUGAUUUGUCGGAAGGGAAAUAUCCCAUUUUAUUGCAGAAAGCUAAGGAAGUAGGAGAUUUUGUUUACGGGGCGUUUGAUACCCCCAAUAGAAUGCAGGUCUCUCGGUGGGAUUGGAAGGUAUCCCUUGCGGGAACCCCGAUGCGUGCGUCGUCGCAAACCCUACUUGCAGAAGUAGGUUCGUUAAGUCUCGAGUUUACACGGCUAACUCAGCUGACGGGCGACCCAAAAUAUUACGACGCCAUUCAACGUGUCUCUAAUAACCUAGAAAAAAGCCAAUCAAAGACCACGAUCCCAGGAUUAUGGCCAAUGGUUGUCGAUCUAGAGAAUCUCAGGUUCCAGGGCAGUCAAUAUACACUUGGAGGAAUGGCAGAUUCUACCUACGAAUAUCUCCCGAAAGAGCAUCUCAUGCUCGGUGGUAGUACCGAUCAGUAUCGGCGCAUGUACGAGAAAUCGAUUGAGCCGAUCAAGAAGAAUCUUCUGUUUCGUCCAAUGACGAAAGACGAACCAGACAUCUUGUUCAGCGGCACGCGCAACGGCGGCACUCUAGAAUAUGAAGCACAACAUCUGACUUGCUUCAUUGGAGGCAUGUUUGGUAUUGGCGCAAAAAUCUUUGAUCGUCCAGAAGACCUGAAGACUGCCGAAAAAUUGGUGGACGGGUGUAUCUGGGCAUAUGAUAUUAUGGCGACGGGAUUGAUGCCUGAAAUCUUUAACAUGAUACCAUGUGAGGAUUUGGGCAAGUGUCCCUGGGAUGAGAGAAAAUGGAUGGCAGCCGUAGCCAAAAUGUCUCAUGUUAAUGCCCACGACGAGGAGACAAUCCGCCAGUAUAUCAAAAAUGCAGGUCUGGCUCCUGGUAUGACGCGUGUUAGCGAUAGUAGAUACAUCCUACGCCCCGAAGCCAUCGAAUCAGUCUAUAUCUUGUAUCGCAUCACAGGCGACAAGAAGUACCAAGAAGCCGCCUGGCGCAUGUUCAACAGCAUUGAGAAGAUGACUCGAACGGAUUUUGCGCAUGCUAGUAUCCGAGAUGUCCGCUUCACCGAUUCCAAGCAAGUAGAUAAAAUGGAGAGUUUUUGGUUGGCCGAAACACUCAAAUACUUUUAUCUUAUCUUCUCGGAGCCGGGGUUGAUCAGUUUGGAUGAUUAUGUUUUGAAUACGGAGGCGCAUCCGUUAAGACGUCCAAGGACAUAAUCACCCAAGAUCUAUAGCGUCUGGGUUAUAGACGAGCAGUUACCGAGGCAGAAGACAUGGAUCCGAAAAGAUGCGUACACAAUAGAAUGAAAUUUGUCUUAAGAAGUUAAAUUGUCAAGGCUGAGAGACAUUCAGGGUUAAUUGAACCGCUGAUGCGUCUAGAUCUGCCGAUUCGGGUACAGCGCUUCCUUCAUUCCUUUGGGAUCGGCUGAUCAGGCUAGAUCACACCACCCUCUUCCGAGGAGCGAGGAGAUUU